UCCAAGAUGGCGCCCCCAGGAGCUGAGAGCGGGUGACCAGCGGCUGGGAAGCGGCCUGGGUUGGCCCUCCGGUUGCGGGGUCCUGGGGGCAUCUCGCCAGAUCCCCCACCCCCAGCCCGCCCACACCUUUCCCGGGCCAGAGCAAUGGCCUCUGAGAACAGCAAGCAGUUUUGGAAGAGGAGCGCCAAGCUACCAGGGAGCAUCCAGCCAGUGUAUGGAGCCCAGCACCCUCCUCUGGACCCUCGGCUCACCAAACACUUCAUUAAAGAACGGUCAAAAGUCAACGCAGUUCCCCUGAAGAAUAAGAAGGCCUCCAGUUUUCAUGAGUUUGCCCGGAAUACCAGUGAUGCUUGGGACAUUGGUGAUGACGAGGAGGAGGACUUUUCCUCACCUUCUUUCCAAACUUUGAACUCAAAAGUUGCUUUGGCAACUGCAGCCCAGGUCCUGGAAAACCACAGCAAACUGAGGAUAAAGCCGGAGCGGUCCCAGUCAGCAACAGCCGACGUCCCUGCUAGCUACAAGGUCAUAAAGUCCAGCAGUGAUGCCCAGCUGUCCAGAAACUCCAGUGAUACAUGUCUGAGGAAUCCUCUUCACAAACAGCAGUCACUCCCUCUCCGGCCCAUCAUCCCCCUUGUUGCCCGGAUCUCGGACCAGAAUGCUUCUGGGGCUCCCCCUAUGACUGUGCGGGAGAAAACCCGCUUGGAGAAAUUCCGGCAGCUUCUCUCCAGCCACAACACUGAUUUAGAUGAACUGAGGAAGUGUAGCUGGCCAGGGGUUCCCAGGGAGGUUCGCCCUGUAACCUGGAGACUCCUGUCGGGCUAUCUCCCCGCAAACACCGAGCGGAGGAAGCUGACCCUGCAGCGGAAGCGCGAGGAGUAUUUUGGCUUCAUUGAGCAGUAUUAUGACUCUCGAAAUGAGGAGCAUCACCAAGAUACCUACCGACAGAUUCACAUUGACAUUCCAAGGACGAAUCCUCUCAUUCCAUUGUUCCAGCAGCCACUUGUACAGGAGAUCUUUGAAAGGAUCCUAUUUAUUUGGGCCAUACGACACCCUGCCAGUGGGUAUGUCCAGGGAAUUAAUGACCUGGUCACUCCGUUCUUUGUCGUCUUCCUCUCAGAAUAUGUGGAAGAGGAUGUGGAGAACUUUGAUGUGACCAACUUGUCUCAGGACAUACUACGAAGCAUUGAAGCCGAUAGCUUUUGGUGCAUGAGCAAGCUGCUAGAUGGGAUCCAGGAUAACUACACCUUUGCACAACCGGGGAUCCAGAAGAAAGUCAAAGCACUGGAAGAGCUCGUCAGCCGAAUUGAUGGGCAGGUACAUAAUCACUUCAGGAAGUACGAGGUUGAAUACCUACAGUUUGCCUUUCGUUGGAUGAAUAACCUGCUUAUGCGGGAGCUUCCCCUUCGCUGUACCAUCCGCUUGUGGGACACGUACCAGUCUGAACCGGAAGGGUUCUCCCACUUCCAUCUCUAUGUGUGUGCAGCCUUCUUGAUCAAGUGGAGGAAGGAAAUCUUAGAUGAGGAGGAUUUUCAGGGUCUCCUCAUGCUGUUACAGAACCUCCCUACGAUACACUGGGGCAACGAAGAGAUUGGGCUGCUUCUCGCAGAAGCAUACAGACUCAAGUACAUGUUUGCCGACGCUCCCAAUCACUACCGACGAUAGGUGCUGUCUCCCCAUCGGGACCCAGACUGCCCCCAUCUCUGAUGGCAAUCUGAUCACUGUGGCCCCUGUGCGAGCUGUGGACCCCGGCCAGGAACCACUCCUGCUGUAAAAAGCUCACACCCGCCGCCCAGGUCUUAACUUUUGGCGUGCCUGUCCACCACACCUUGUUUCUGGAUGUGUCACCUGGACCACUGUCAGUAUUUCCAUGCCACGUGGAUGGGAUCAGCUCUGGGAGAGGACAGAAAAGGAGGUACAGGGUCGUCAUCUGCCCCUCUGACAGAAACUGGACAACAGAAGGGGAAGGCUCAGGGUCUCAACUCACAUUGUCCCUACAUGGACUGGCUGCUUCUCAUCUCCCAGCCCCAUCCGACACCACUGCUCCUAGUGACGUAGUUUGAGUUGAUCACAGGUCAAAAACGCCUUAUAUUUAAGACCCCUGACCCUGCUCCUGUCUUCCUACUUUCCUAGUCCUUCCCAUUUUGCCCUCAACUGAGCCAGUGAGGGGCAGCUUUCCAAGACUACUGCUGUCAGAUGGAGGAGGUCCUAACACUGAUAGCGCUGGGAAGAGGCCUCCCCACCAAGGGCUGGGAAUUUUAUUAAUUUUUUUCUUUUCUCAUCAUACGUUUGUGUGUGUGUGUGUAUGCACAUGUACACACCUAUCACCAUUUCAGUGUGUUUCCGAAUUUCUGUGUCCAGACUGGCCCCACAAAACCCAUCUGAGAAAAGGCCCUAGUGACCAGGUAUCAAAGUGACCAGGAAUCCAAGUGUCACUUGGGAAGGAUCAGGGCAGGGGAGGUGGCAGGGUUGUUUUUUUUUUACCUCUCCACACCCUUCUUCCAUAAUGACCCACUCCAAGAUAUUAUGUGUAAAUUGUGUUAUUAUGUAUAUGAGGAAAGAUGUAUAAAUCUGUGUCCUUUGUAGCAGAUAUGGUUUUAUAUUUAUAAUGUGCAUCAACAUGGGAAGGCAAUGUAGGUCACUAGCACAGGUGAAGUCACCAGGCCAGCAGCUCCAGUAACUCCAGGCUGCUCUGUGGGCACCCUUCUGUGAGGGG